UGUGAGCGUGAGAGGAGGGACCCAAAGUAGCAAAAGAACGAGAUCUCGCGAGAGGAGCUGGCGAAGUCUCGCGUUGCCCUCGCUGCUUGGAGGUCGUCGACGAAGGAGAAACCAGUCGCCGAGUCUUCCUCGCCCUUCGCAGCCAACCUGCCUGCUAUGUUCUCCCGCCUCACUCGGCCUGCCUCCGCCGCGCUCCGCAGAGGGUUCGCAACCUCUUCGCAGAACAAUGCUAAAGUGGCUGUGCUCGGUGCUUCUGGUGGGAUUGGCCAACCGCUCUCCCUCCUGCUGAAGAACAGCCCCUUAAUCAGUCGCCUCUGCCUCUAUGAUAUCGCCCACACUCCCGGCGUAGCAGCUGACCUGAGCCACAUCGAAACGAGAGCGGAAGUGAAAGGGUUCCUGGGACCCGAGCAGCUGCCAGACUCUCUGAAGGGCUGUGAAGUUGUCGUGAUUCCAGCUGGUGUCCCCAGAAAGCCGGGCAUGACCCGGGAUGACCUUUUCAAUACGAAUGCCACCAUUGUUGCCAACUUGGCGGCUGCUUGCGCCCAGCACUGCCCCGAAGCCAUCAUCUGUGUCAUUGCAAAUCCGGUCAAUUCUACCAUCCCAAUCACGUCCGAGGUUUUUAAGAAGCAUGGCGUCUACAACCCCAACAGAAUUUUCGGUGUCACAACGCUGGACAUUGUCCGAGCAAAUACUUUCGUGGCUGAACUGAAGGGCUUAGAUCCAGCGCGUGUGAACGUCCCUGUGAUUGGCGGCCAUGCAGGAAAGACUAUCAUCCCCCUGAUCUCUCAGUGCACGCCCAAAGUGGAUUUCCCUCAGGACCAGCUGACAGCCCUCACCGGAAGGAUUCAGGAGGCCGGGACGGAGGUUGUCAAGGCGAAAGCAGGCGCAGGAUCGGCCACGCUGUCUAUGGCUUAUGCUGGGGCCCGGUUUGUUUUCUCUGUCCUGGACGCGAUGAACGGGAAGGAGGGGGUCAUCGAGUGCGCAUUCGUCCGCUCGGAAGAAACAGAGUGCACGUAUUUCUCCACGCCGUUGCUACUUGGGAAAAACGGCGUUGAGAAGAACCUGGGGAUUGGCAAGAUCUCUCCUUUUGAAGAGAAGAUGGUGGGGGGAGCCGUUUCAGAGCUGAAAGCCUCCAUCAAGAAAGGCGAGGAUUUUGCCAAGAGCAUGAAGUGAAGAACCGUCGACGACAAAAGAGGAGAACUGCAGCCCCCUUAAUUUAUUUUAAGGCGCAUCAUGUCACUUUAAAGGCUUCUGGAGGCAAAGCGUUGAGCGUUGCCCCCAGGCCUUGGUGUUAGCCUGCCCCAUAAUCUGUCGAUCGGAAUUCUGUUCCUCAAUUAAAACAAAGCCUGUUUAUUUA